ACACUUUCCUCUCUAUCUGCCACUUUAGUCAUGGAUCGUAAUUGCAUACAAGCGACUGGUAUAAGCAGCGUUUCGAAUAUUUGACAAGGCGUGUCCAUUACGCGAAAAAUUAGUACACGACGUUUUGCAUACGCUUCGAAAUAUGCAAACGUGAUAAAAUUAUUAAAUACAUAUCGUUAAUUACAUUACGUAUUACAAGGAAUUUGCAUAAUUGUUUAGCUGUGAAACAUUUAUAUAAAUUUGAGUCAAGAUGCAUUAUGGAAAGAAGUCUCCCAGCAUGGGAACACCGUCGGUGUAUUCUCAUGUAACCACCACUCGCAGCAGUGCAAAUCUUAGAUCGUCGAGAUCCGCUCGCAGUGUCAAAAUUCCUUGGUAUCAAAAGCCAAUGGUGACAAAUGCUAUCUUCCUUGACAUUCAGAAGGGUGCUAUGUUCACUGCUAUAUUCUCAUUGUGUCUGGCCUUCUUUACAAUAUGUACAGCUAUUUUUGAUAUCUACUGUCUCUCACAAGCUGCACCUGGUUCCACACAUUAUGGAUAUUAUAUCAUAUCAUAUGAGUUUGUUUAUGUGGGCAGUCAACAUGUUCGAAAUGCUCUGAUCGUGUUCGCAUUAUUCUCUAUGUUGGGCGGAAUAGUCGUCUUUGUGACUUCUCUAAUGUUGAUCACCGCUCUACGAAAAGAAUACGAAAAGAAAAUGAUGCCGUGGCUAUACAGUUUUGCUAUUUUCACUCUUUUCCGAUUAUUUGCUUUUAUAUUCUUCAGCAUUGUAAACGACAUGAUAUUCGCCUACAAUAUCAUGAUGUGUCUUCUAUGGAUAGUAUUUGUCUGUAUCUCAGCAUAUGGUUGGCUCCUCGUAUAUUCUCUAUAUAUUGAACUAUGUGAUCUAACAAGAUUGGAAGAUCUGGCUCAUCUGCGGAUUGGUACAAUGCAGUCUCUGAAUGCAUCAACGACACACUCUAUUGCUGGUUCUCGGCCUACAACACCUCAUAGCGCAGUAUCAACCAUGCCUGUUAAUUAAAUAAAAUAUAUGGUACAUAUAUCAUUUUUUUAUAUUUAAUAGAUAAAAAAGAUAUUUUUUAACUUUUUUGACACAAUUUUUUACAAAAAAGAAAAAUGUUAUCAUUUCUAUUGUUUUUCAUGCUUCAUUAAUCAUCAUGUUCACAAUGAAAAGAAUUGUUUUUUACACAUAUACACACAUAUAUUUUAUAUCUUAAUACAAAUUUAUUUUGUUAAUUUUGCAAUAAUUUUCUUUUUUUUUAUAAAAUUAUUAAAAAGUAAUUUGUACAAAUAUCUUUUUUGUCAACUAAAUGUUUGAUACAUACACGUUUUUUAAUCUAUCUAAUAUAUAUUAAGAUAAAAUGAUCAAAGCAAAGACAAAUUUUUUAAUUCAUCAAUUGAUUAAUUCUUUUAUGCGCAAAUACAACAUUACUUUGUAAAAGCUAAAUUUGCGCAUAAUGCGUUUGAUCGAUCGAUGAUUUAAAAAACUUGCUUUAAUUCUUCAAGUUAAACGAAGUCACUGCCGCCUGUAUAUACGGACUAGUACUACGCACAAAGAAUUUAUUGAAAGAGUUAUAUGUAUAUGAUUCUUGCAGUUAAACUUUUUAACAAUUUUACAAUGAACAGACAAAUUAACAUAUAUAAUAGUACGAUUUAUAUAAAUUUUUAUUUGCUAUGGCAUUUGCUAGUAGAUAUAUUUGCGAAUUUAUUGCGAUAUAGUUCCGUCCACGUAUAAAAUAAAUUAGAUUUAAGCAUAUGUAGCACAAGUUUUUCUCAUAACGUAUAUUAACGUAUAUUCCGUCCAUUUGUAUUAUCGUCUAGAGCUUUUCCUAUGAUAUGCUAUCGUAUCUCACUUAUAUUCUCAUAUAUAAGUUUUUCUGUAAUAUCAAAGUGUUAUUAAAAUUAAUAUUAUAUUUACAAAUAUGAAGAAUAUAAUUAUUAUGCAACUAUUUUUGUGAUUAAUUUUUAGGUGAACCAAAGUGUAGUAAUUAUAAAUAAGGAUUUUGUCUUUAAUUGAUGUAUCCAAAAAAAUUUGAAAUUCAUGAUUUUAUUUUGA